CCAAUAUCUCGCAAAUUAUAUCACCCUAACACAGCAUAUAUAUCAUUAUCUCCAUUAGGUACCUAAAAGCCGUCCAGGCAGCCGUCAGGUAAUUGAAUAAGAUGAAUAAGAAUUCCCAGCCGAGGCUAAAAUGGCCGGGCUAGUUCCUAACAAUCUGACGCUAACAAUGUUUUCAAUCCCGGCACCCCUGAAUACUUAAUGCCAUCAGUGCUAUAUCCCGAUACAUCGUAGCGCGUACCGUCGAUAGCUGUAUUCAGGGGGCUCUUCUUGUAUCAUUCUGACUUAUAAAAAGGAAGCAUGUGCCCCCCUUCGCGAUGCGCCGAUCUUCUUGAUCUAUAUACACACGCGAGUCAAAAGACGACGAUCAAUAGAUACGCGAGUCAUUCGUUCAUUACUUCCGAUCCGCUCGUUUUAUAAGGUCGAUUAAGCUAUUCCCAACUAACAGCUCACACUCUUUUUUUGCUUUUGAGAAGACCGAUAAUUACAUAUAUACAAUAUGUAUACUAAUAACGCAAUCGUCCUCGCGGCCCUUGCCGCUUGCGCCUCCGCGCAAAUCCCGAACCUCAUGCCGCGCCAGACCUUCGGGAGCGCCGACCCGGAAGAGACCGAAUCCUCGCCGGAAUGUAUUUCUCGCGUCCAGUCGUGGUCCGGCGGGUUUCCCACCCCAGCCCCGGCUUUAGGAAGCGCGAUGGACAGCGUCACGGUAGACGGCGGUGGGGCUGAGUCGGGCUUGUCGGGCUUGUGCCAGUAUGGCACCGCUCUUGGCAAGAACCAAGGCUCUGCGUACACUUCCUACUGCCUCGACAUGUACUCGUAUCUGUCUUCGCAGUCCUCCAACCUCCUGGCUCUGGCCACUAGCUGCUCCGGCGAUAUGGGCGCGCCCCCGGAGGUUAUCACCAGCCAGCUUGACGAACUCCUCAGCGUAUACUCCCAGUUCUCAGCAGGCGGAUGCAAAGCGGUCUCCGCGACGACUACGGCGGACUCCUCUAGCGGAACAGCUGCUUCUUCCUCCGACAGCUCUGCUACCACCACAAAUGCUAGCGGUUCCGCGACGACUACCGCAUCCACUACUGGUAGCGCCGAAUUCUCAGCAGCAGCCGCGGCAAGCAGCUCGGCUGCAUCGGCGAUACCCUCUGGUAACGCCGGCCCGAGGGAGACCGGAAUGUUCGCUGCGGCUGCCCUAGCUGCCGGUUUCAUCGGUGCUGCUGUGGCCUUAUAAGGCUCUCAGUUACCCAUACUGUAGAAAUUAACAUGACAAAAAUUUAGCGUCUCGCCCCGUAGGAUUUUAUUUCUCUAGAUACCUAUGUUUUGCGUUUCCGGUUUAGCGCUUUUGGUUGCAGUUCACCCUCAUACCCCCUAUCUACUUCAUAUAUAAAGCGUAUAGUUCCUAGCUGCCAAGCCCGUUAGAGGUAUGAGCUCAAUAGGCUAUCGUAGAACCAAUAUAAUAGUAUAUCUGAAGCGUCUG